AAAACGAAAGUGAAAGGAAGUGGUCUGCAAUAACGCUCAUUAUUCCCGUGAACAUUCAGUUGAAGGGCACUGUCUCCAGAGCCAUGUAAAUAAAGCUAUGGGAGGAGCAUCAUUUAGUCAGCCAUGGAGGUCUAUGCCGUUGAACAACGAGAAGAAUCUCAAUUUUAUUAAAUCUUACAAACCUCAAAACAAUGAUGUCGAAAAUCUCAGAAUUCUGCUUCAUGGACCAGUCGGUGCUGGCAAGUCCAGUUUCAUCAACUCUGUUGAAAGUGUUUUACUCGGCAGAGUUACCGGUCGAGUUAUGACGGAUACAAUCUCUGGUUGCAGCUUUACCAAAAAGUACAAAGCUUUUAAAAUCCACAAAGACCCCGAGAGCUUUUACCCUUUCAUUUUCAAUGACACCAUGGGCUUUGAGCGAAGGAAUGGAGUGAAUGUGGAAGACAUCAAACUGGCCCUGAUGGGACAUGUGACAGAAGGUUACAAGUUCAUACCUGGAGUCCGGUUGAAGGAAAGUGAUCAAGAAUACAACUCAUGUCCCUCUCUGGACGACAGGGUUCACGCUCUGGUUUGUGUCAUACCUGCCGACUCGGUAUCUUUAAUAAGUGAUGAAGUUGUGAGGAAGAUGAGAGACGUCAGACUAGCAGCCAGUGACAUGGGGAUUCUACAACUGGCUAUUCUCACCAAAGUUGAUGAAUCCUGUCCUGAGGUGAAGAACAACAUAAACAAUGUCUACAAGAGCAUGUACCUAAAGGCACAGGUCGACAAAUUCAGCUUGAUGCUGGGAAUUCCACAAAACUGCAUAUUUCUUGUGAAGAACUACGAAUCAGAACUCCAAACAAAUGAAGACAUUAAUGGGCUGAUACUGAUCGCAUUGAGACAGAUGAUUGUCUAUGGAGAAGACUUCAUCAACAACCUGUAGACCCACAUACUGCUGAGCUGAGACAGACCUUAGGAUCAAAGCAUGAAAACAACACUACAUUAUUGUUUGAAAUGUGUCCUAUUUGACCUCUUUUGUAUAAGUAUAUGUAGUAUAUGUAUAAGUAAUCUGUUCAAAACCUGAUGCUUGUUUGUAGUGUGCAAGAUUAUAUGAAAUACAUUUUUGAAUAAAUUAUAUGAAUAAAUACACAA